AUGGCUGAUCUCUUUCAGCAGCUUGAGGCAGAAUACUGCCCGCCCAUUGAUUCCGCUCUUUUCUCUGCCAUUGUCUCUGACUAUGACUUGACAAAUCCAGAAGCCGCCAUUGACGCCAGAGCCACACUAGAUGCUCUCAAGGCCACGGCUACCGAGGAGGAAGCUACUGGCUUCGACGCCUCUGGCAGCGGCGCACAACAUGAAGAUCACACUCCUGGACAUCCGGCAUCAAUGCCGGAGACCUCUGGCUCAGUCUCAAGGGAAACCGACAUGACGAGUCUGUCCAAUGGCCUAUCAAGUGUUGAUCUCGACUCGGAAGGAUCGCCCGACCGCGGAGAAUACGACUUCGAAGCCUGCGACCAGGACACCAAGGUAUUAAUUUUGAAAGAGAUAUUUCCUUCGCUCUCCGAAUACACCAUUUCGCAUACUCUCGCUCAUCAUGAUUCAAAAUGGAAGCCUGCAUUUGACGAUCUGUUGAAUCAAGUCUACUUUGAAGAGGACGGCAAGAUUGACGGCAAGGACAAGGUAUCGGCUAAGGGCAUCGAUGCCUUCAGCGAGGAGAAUGUCAUGAAAAGGGGCAGAAAGGGCAAGAAGCGCGGUAAGAAUCUCAAAACGAUCGACGAUGUGCGCUCCUCCUCGCUACCAACAGAAUCGCGGCCGUCUACAAACCAAUGGCAAACAGCCAAGGGCGACGUCGACUUUAUUUCAGAUCGCGCAAACAUUCCCACUCAGGUCGUGCUAUCAUUAUACAACCAGGAAAACCGCUCUGUACCAAGGACCAUCUCGGCUAUUCUCAAGACCUUCUUGUCGGAAGACAGUACCUCGGAGGAACCCGAAGUCCAAGUGAAAGCAUCGCUUUUGGGUCAAGACUAUCCUGGUCUCGCUCCUGAAUAUCUUGUGGCCCUGAUCAAAUUGACGCAGCCCUCAAAUACAGCAGCUCGAGAACUAGCGAAAGCCCUCACCACAAAGCCAACCACCCACGAAACCGGCAGCCGCAUCAUCAUCCCCCAAUACGCUCCCGUUCGCAUCUCCGAAAACGACGACUAUACCCCCCGAAGCAGUUUUGAAAUUGACACUUCCACCGUUGAUUUCGGCUCCGCCUCCGCCUCCACAGCCCAACUUCGAGCAGCAAGAUCAGCAGCCAUGGAGCAAGCACGCGCAGCAUACCGCAAAUCGAGAUCAGACCGCCUCAUGGGCGGCGCCGCCGGAUAUUAUUCGCAAGUCGGCCGCGAUCAUGGGGCCGCUUUGCAUCAAUCGCAAGCUGCCGUUGCCAACGCUAUUGUAGCUGCUCAGUCCUCUGCCUUCGAAGUCGAUCUGCACGGCGUCACCGUGGAGAAUGCUGUGAGGAUCGCGAGGCAGAGAACCAAUGCUUGGUGGACUGGGCUUGGUGAGAACAAGGUGAACGGUCGUGUAGGCGCUGCUGAGCGUGCAAGCGGAUUCCGUAUUAUUACGGGUGUUGGUAGACAUAGUGCUGGUGGUAAAGGUGUGCUUGGUCCCGCAGUCAAGAAGGGUCUCGAACAAGACGGCUGGAGGCUUGAAGUCAACAGUGGUGCGAUCACUGUCAGAGGUAAGAGCAGAGCCUACUGA